CUCUUUGCCACUGCGACUCUCUCCGUACGCGCGCGGCGUCCUCUGGCAAUUUCCUGUCCCCAUCGGUUUCCCCCGCAACUCCCCACCGCCACGCAAUGCGCGUGCAAUUCGGGCGCGUGCAAUUCGGGGCAAUCCGGGGGCCAAUUCGAGUUCGAAAAAGUUUCGAGCCUCGGCGCGUCGUCGACGGCCACGCGAUGGCCUCGACGGCGACGUGCCCACGCCCACGGGCGCCUCGUGUACCGUUCCGACGGCGAGGGCCGGCAAGCCCUCCCUCUCCUCGCCCGCGCGCUCUGCGCGAUCGUCGAUCGCCCGAGAGUUCGAACCUCGAUCCGCCGGUUCGACCGUCGCUCCAUCUUAGGUCGCAACCAGCAACGCGAGACAUCUCGCGAACCCGCAAGCCGUCCGGCACUCCUUCUCGACCCUCUCGAAGCAAAGCCUCUCACACGAAGAUGGUCUCUCUCCACGCCGCUCUCGUCGCCCUCGCGCUGACCACGUCCGCCGACGCCGCGCGCAACCGCCGCCUCCAGGACAACCUGGACGUCCCGAAGCUCUACGAGGACGCCGAGGAGGGCAAGCUCUCGAGUCGCGUGCUCUUCAAGAUCGACGAGGCGCACCGCGGCGACGCGGCGGCCGUCGCCGACAAGGUCGCGUCCAUCCUCGAGUGCGACGCCGCCCCGGCGCGCGUCUUCCGCGAGGGCGGCAAGUUCGAGGCCGCGCACAAGGCCGCGGGCCUCGACCUGCACUACAAAGUCUCGUGCGGCAAGGACGCUGACCACACGGCCGCGUCCAAGGAGACCUUCGCGGCGCUCAUGAAGUUCCUCGACAGCGACGACCACGACGGCGUCGCGCUCGUGGAGGCCGAGUACGACGAGAGCCUCUCGUGGACGCCCGACGACCCCUCGCUCGGCACGCAGACGCACUACGACGCGAUCGGCAUGGCCGCGGCCUGGGACGUCACCAAGGGCUCGGCCGACGUCGUCGUCCAGGUCCUCGACACGGGCAUCGACAUGUCGCACCCGGACCUCCAGAUGAACAUCUGGCGCAACGAGGGCGAGAUCUGCGGCGACGGCGUCGACAACGACGGCAACGGCUACGUCGACGACUGCCACGGCUACAACCACGCCGACGACACGGGCACGGACCUGCUCGGCAACCACUGGCACGGCUCCCACUGCGGCGGCACCAUCGCCGCGGACAACAACAACGGCCUCGGCGUCGCCGGCGUCGCGGGCGGCGACGGCUCCGCCGACUCCGGCGCCAAGCUCAUGAUCUCGGUCGGCUUCGGCAAGACCGCCGUCGACGGCUUCGCCGAGGCGCUCGUCUACGGCGCGGACAUGGGCGCGCAGAUCUCCUCGAACUCCUGGGGCUACACGGGCCCGGGCUACAUCGCGCAGAACAUCAAGGACGCCAUCGACUACUACAACGCGAAGAGCGGCAUCGUCGUCUUCGCCGCGGGCAACAGCAACUCCGAAGCCGACUACUACCCGGCGUACUACGAUGGCACCGUCGCCGUCGCGGCGGUCCAAGACUCGGGGCUGCGCGCCUCCUUCUCCAACUACGGCGACUGGAUCGAGAUCUCCGCGCCCGGCGUGAGCGUCUACAGCACCAUGCUCGGCACGUCCUACGGCUACGCUUCCGGCACGUCCAUGGCCUGCCCCCACAUCGCGGGCGUCCUCGCGCUCGGCAAGGCCGUCGCUCCUUCCAUGCCCAACAGCGACCUGCUCGGCUGCAUGUACUCGUCCGCGGAGGACGUCGACGGCAGCAACGGCGCCUACGCGGGCAAGCUCGGCGCGGGCCUCGUCGACGCGCCGGCGUUCCUCGCGUGCGUCGGCGACUCGUCGGACCCCGUCACCACGACGACCAAGCCCCCGGUCGGCGACGUGGAGCCCGUCAAGGACCUCAAGGUCAAGAUGCACCGCAAGGUCGGCAGGUUCGGCGUCGCCGCGUGGCGCUACCUCACGCCCGAGGCCACGUUUGUCGUCGAGUUCCAGACCAACGUCGACGCGACGUGGGUCCGCGUCGACGAGAGCCGCUUGUACCACGACGAGACCGACGGCAUGUUCUACCAAACGCUCCAUCUCCCGGACUGCGGCAUCAAGGGCAUCGCCCGAGUCACGGCCGUCGUCGGCGGCGUCGCCAGCGAGCCCAUGUACUCGAACAUCUUCAAGAUGAAGCGCUCAACCAUGCGUACACUCCUCGUCGCGCUCGCCGCCGUCGCGUCGGCGCGGCUCAACGAGCCCUCCCGGCGCCUCACGGAUCCCGUCGCCUCGGCGCGUCGCCUGACGGACGAGCUCGACAUGGCAUACCUCUCCGAAGUCGCGGCCAACGGCCAACUCGGCGCGAAGGUCCUCUUCAAGCUCGACGCGAAGCACAAGCUCGUCGAGAAAAACAAAGCACACAAGAUCGCCGCGAACGUCGUCGACGCGCUCGUCUGCCCCGGCGCCGAGCCGGCCGAGCGCGUCUUCCGCGACGCGGGCAAGCACGAGGCGGAGCACGAGAAGUUCGGCCUCCAUCUCUGGUACUCGGUCGCGUGCGGCGCGGCCGACGACGACGGCCUCGACGCCGGGGCCUUCACCGAGGAGCUCACCGAGGAGCCGGCCACGUGCUCGUUUUUCGGCGACAAAAAGAAGUGCAAGAAGGGCGGCUGCGAGUGGAAGAAGGGCGCGUGCACGGCCAAGAAGGCCGAGAGCUGCAAGAACCACGACGACAAGAAACAGUGCAAAAAGGGCGGCUGCAAGUGGAAGAAGGACAAGUGCAAGGAGUCAAAGAAGAACAAGGAGUCCAAGAAGAACAAGGAGUCCAAGAAGGAGAAGAAGGAGGCCGAGACGCGCAAGUCCCGGCCCGCGGACCCCGAGGCCAAGGCCCUGGCGGACUCGCAGAGCGUCUACGACGCGCUCCGCCGCUUCCUCGACAGCGACGCGCACGACGGCGUCGUCGUCGUCGAGCCCGAGCUCGACUACGCGACGUCCUUCACGCCCGACGACCUGUCCGGCCCCCAGUCGCACUACGACGCCAUCAACCUCCGCGAAGCCUGGGACCUCACGACGGGCGACCCCAACGUCGUCGUCCAGGUCCUCGACACGGGCAUCGAGCUCGACCACCCGGACCUCCAGCUGAACAUCUGGACGAACCCGGGCGAGAUCUGCGGCAACGGCGUCGACGACGACUUCAACGGCUACGUCGACGACUGCCACGGCUACAACCACGCCGACGACACGGGCACGGACCUGAUCGGCGACCACUGGCACGGCACGCACUGCGGCGGCACCAUCGCCGCCGACAGCAACAACGGCGUCGGCGUCGCGGGCGUCGCCGGCGGCGACGGCUCCAAGGACUCGGGCGUCAAGCUCAUGGUCUCCGUCGGCUUCGGCAAGACGCGCAACGGCGGCUUCGCGGAGGCGCUCCUCUACGGCGCGGACAACGGCGCGCAGAUCUCGUCCAACUCCUGGGGCUACACGAGCGCGGGCGCCUACUCGCAGUCCGUGCUCGACGCCAUCGACUACUACAACGCGAAGAGCGGCAUCGUCGUCUUCGCCGCGGGCAACGAGAACUCGGAGAGCGCGUACUACCCGGGCUACUACGAGGGCGCCGUGGCCGUCGCGGCCGUCAAGAACUCGGGCGUCCGCGCGGACUUCUCCAACUACGGCGACUGGAUCGAGAUCGCCGCGCCGGGCGUCAGCGUCUACUCGACCCUGACGGGAUCGACCUACGGCUACGCGUCGGGCACGUCCAUGGCCGCGCCGCACGUCGCGGGCGUGCUCGCGCUCGGCAUGGCCGUCGACCCCUCCUUCUCCCGCGACGACUUGCUGUCCUGCGCCUACGACACGGCGUCGCCCGUUGACGAGCUCAACGGCGGCGACGCGGGCAAGCUCGGCGCGGGCAUGGUCGACGCCUGGAAGUUCGUGCAGUGCGUCAAGAACGACGGCGCCGCCGAGCCGCCGACGGCGAAGCCGUCCGCGGCGCCGUCGGCCAAGCCGUCCGCGGCGCCGUCGGCCAAGCCGUCCGCGGCGCCCACGGCCAAGCCCACGGCCAAGCCUACGCAUGCGCCGACGAAUCGGCCCACCGAGCGGCCUACCGAAAAGCCCACGGCCAAGCCUACGCCUGCGCCGACCGAUCGGCCCACCGCCAAGCCUUCCGAGGCGCCUACCGCCAAGCCUUCAGAGGCGCCUACCGCAAAGCCCUCCGAGGCGCCCACGGACAAGCCCUCGCCGAAGCCCAGCUUCUCGCCUUCGCCGAAGCCGUCCUCGGAACCCACCGUGCCCCAGGUCGAGGACCCUCUCGUCCCCACCGCGAAGCCCUCGACGGAGGAAGAUCUCGUCCCCACCGCGAAGCCCUCGACGGCCGCCCGCACGCCCCGGCCCACGCAAGACGUCGACGACGACCAGGGCUGGUACGCCGACGACGACGACGACGCGUACUCGUACUCGUAUACCCCCGACGACGACUUGAAAGACGACUGGCGCCCUGAAGACGAUUACGGCUACGAGUGGGACGAUGACUGGUGGAAGUGGGACGACGACGACGGUCACUCUUACUACGGCGACGACGACGACUGGCACGAGGAUGAUCACACACCCUAUUACUACUCCGAGCCGUACUACUACGAUCACUACUACUACUACGAGCCGUAUUACUACGGGGACGACGACCACGGCGACGAGGGCGGCUGCUGCAUCCCGAACGAGGAUGCCAUGGAGCGGGGCUGGUACGACGACGAGCUCUUCUCAGAGUGCCCCGAGCACAAGACGUAUAAGUCCUGCGAGCCCGAGCGCGGGCCUACCCGUGCUUGCGAGUGGGUCGAGAACUGCGGCGACGACGACUGGGGCUGGCACGACGACGACGACGACGACGCGUAUUCCUACAGUUACACCCCCGACGACGACCUCGAUGACACCUGGCGCCCGGACGACGAUUGGUCCUACGAGUGGGACGACGACUGGUGGAAGUGGGACGACGAGACCUGGGACGACGACUGGUGGAAGUGGGACGACGAGACCGGCGACGAUGACUGGUGGAAGUGGGACGACGAGACCGGCGACGACUGGCACGAGGACGACCACACGCCGUAUUACGGAGACGGCGACGACCACGCGUACUACGGCCACUACUACUACAACCACUACAGGCCGCCGUACUACUAUAAGGACGCGUCGUGCGCGGCGUUGAUCACGUGGUCGGAGUGCAAGGCCAUGGAACCCUCCUGCAAGUGGAAGCACUCCUCGAAAGAGUGCGUCGUCGCGCGCGCCAAGGACGGGAAGCCCGGCAAGAAGCCCGACAAGGGCAAGCGGCCCGACAAGGGCAAGCGGCCCGACAAGGGCAAGCGGCCCGACAAGGGCAAGCGGCCCGACAAGGGCAAGAAGUCCGAAGGACGCGCCGAAGCAGAAGCCGAACGCGACCGCAAGCCUUGCCCCAAAGGGAAGCCCGGUCGCGACUGCCGCCGCGCGAAAAAACGCAACCGACUGAACCGCGAGUUCCUCAUCAAAAAGCACGCCAAGGACAAAGAGCCCAUCCAGCAGGGCAAGAAGUCCGAAGCCGAGCAGAAGCCGGAAAGCGACCGCAAAAAGUGCCCCCCCGGGAAGCCCGGUCGCGACUGCCGUCGCGCGAAGAAGCGCAACCGACUGAACCGCGACUACCUCAUCAAAAAGCACGCCAAGGACAAGACGCCCAACGAGGGCACGAAGUCCGAAGGACGCGCCGAGCAGACCGACCGCAAAAAGUGCCCCUCCGGGAAGCCCGGUCGCGACUGCCGUCGCGCGAAGAAGCGCAACAAGCUGAACCGCGACUACCUCAUCAAAAAGCACGCCAAGGACAAGACGCCCAACCAGGGCACGAAGUCCGAAGGACGCGCCGAGCAGACCGACCGCAAAAAGUGCCCCUCCGGGAAGCCCGGUCGCGACUGCCGCCGCGCGAAGAAGCGCAACAAGCUCAACCGCGACUUCCUCAUCAAAAAGCACAGCAAGGGCGAGAACUAAAGCCCGACAUCAAACGCCGCCACGCGCGCGCGAAGCAACGCCACGCCGCCGCCCGGUCCCCCAUGAGCGCGACCCGCCGCGAAAGCACAGCCGCCGACUCCCUCGGCCGCUCAAACCAUUUUACGACCACGACCACGACCUGCCUGCAUAAAUUACCCCGAAAA